AGCUUAUGUUCUUCUAAGUGUCUUCGCCUACGGGAACUUAAAUUUCCAACCUUAGAGUAUAGAUACAAUGGCUUUCUACCAGAAUCAGAAUCAGACGCUGAUCGGGCAUAAUGCCCUUUGGUGGCAACCAGUUCUCUGGAAUAAUUUCCCCCAUACCUCUCUGACCGAGUACGCCUUGAGAGACUUAGACUACAGAAAUCAAUGUCUUCAGCAAAACCAGAGGCCCAUUCCCCGCCCAAUUUUUCAAGAUGCUCCGGAAUAUCUCCGCACGUGUCCAUCCCACAGCCUGAGGGCAAUCAAGCAGCUCUCUCGACACGGAGGUCCUGAUCUGACCGAUCUACGUGGCUACCCACCCCCUGGUUCCCUCGUCUACUCCUUAGUCCCUACCGAAUCCGGAUUCGUGGAGCCAGGACAAGUACAAAUGAACCCACUCAAGAGAAAGCGCGCAGAUCCUAUGACCUACUACCACAAACCCCAAUCGCCCUUUGAGAACUUUCCAGUCUUUCACUUCAACUCUCCCUAUCCCACGGAACGACCUGUCAAGAUUCCUCGUCUCAAUCACCAGAUUCCUGGUCUACAACACCAACACCAACGCCACCAGCAGCAGCAGCAGCAACAACUACUACCUCAACAUCUGCAUCAGCUGCAUCAACAUCAACAACAGCGACAUCUACAUCAGCUGCAUCAGCAUCAACAUCUACAUCAGCUACAUCAACAUCAUCAACAUAUACAGUUUUACUCUCCUAGAAUCCGCUAAAAUGCAACUCUCGGGGCUUUGCAUUCUACAGCGUCUUCUUUUGGAUUUUUGGUUUUACGAACUUAGGACGCCACGACCUUAAUGCUUCAGGGUCAAAUCACCAAAAAACGCACCAUCACAUCCACCCUGGCAGGUAACAGGGGUGCAGAUGUUCAUCGAAGAGUUUUCAUCCCAUACAUCUUAUAUAGAUUGAUUGAGACAUGCAUAGCACGGAUGACUUUUGCAAGUAGCGGUUAGCAUAGCAGCUGGAUGCAGGAGGAGACAAACAGUGAUUGCCAGAGUACGGGAUAUAUCGUUCUUUACAAAUGAUCUGACGAACAAUUCAG